GCAGUUAAAGGAGCUGCUAUCCUAACUGGCACUAUACCCUUUGCAUAACAGGUUCCAGCGUUCUAGUAUUGCGUUAAAUCCGGAAGCCCCUGCAAAUUUAACAGCUAGUCUAACACUUGUCAGCCUUUAUAUAUUGACGCUAUGCCUCCGAAAAAGACAUCGUCAGGAAAUACUAGGCGCAAAGGUCGCCAAAUUGGACUUUUCGGACAGCCCGUCUACGAUAGCGAGGAGGAUGAAGACUGGGCCCCUGAAAGGCAAGCGACCGGCAAGCGCGCUGGUGCAAGAAGUUCAUCAUCACCUCGCGGAGGCGGCAACAAGCGAACAAGGGCGGCUGGGGGCAGCGGCGAGACGCCAUCGCCACAGGGCACAAAGCGCCAGCGUUCGCGCCAGCAUCAACAGGCAUCUCCGCAGCAAGACAUGCAGCCGAUAUCACGUCAACGCGCUUCGAGCAGGGCAGCUCGGGCAGCUGCAGGCGCCUCUAGCUGCGCUGCCACCGCCAGAGACUGGAGCGGCCUGACAGCACCGCUGCUGAGGGAGGUGCUGCGGCGGGCUUGUGUCACAUCAGCGCUUCCAACUGCAGCCGCUGCUCCUUGUGUGUGUCGCCACUGGCGUGACGUGUGCGGGGAACUGGAGUCCGAGGCCAUUGCCGCAACUGCGGCUGCGGUGCCGGGCGCUGUAGCCGCGGCACUGGCAGAAGCGGCAAUGCAGGCCGCAGCGCAGCCCUUUCCCGGCGGAAGUAAAGCCGCUGCUGCCGCCGGGGCAUUCCCCAGCACUGCUGACGCCGCAGAGGCCGCAGCUGGAGGCAAGCCUGCCGUGAAUAGAAACGCCAGUGGCAGCAGAGCCGCAUGUGGCAGCCGCAGCCGCGAUAGCAGCAACAACACCGGCGGCAGCGGCGAAGACGGUGGCGAGGUGGAACGUUCUGGAGGGCUGUGGGGCUGUCUGAAUGUGCGCAGUCGUCCCUCCACGCGCUUCAAUGAUGCGGUGG